AAUGUUUUUGUUAUCUUUCUUUUUCUUCUUCAACUAAAGCUCUCUUCCUCACAGCUUGCUUUCUUCCCUUUUAAUGCAAAAGCCCUUCGUUUACCAAAAGCCAUACAAGAUUUUUCAGAGAGUGAAUCACUUUCUUUGUGAAGCUCAUUGGUCAUAAAGCUUCUUUUUUAUAGCUACAUUUGUGGGUUUUAUGCAACCCCAUUUCAGCUCUGUUGCCUUUUGUUCAAACGCUCGUGUUGUGAAGUGCCGUAUCAUCAUCGCUUUCUGGCUCUGUUUCUUCUGAAUAAUGGCGAAUGAAGGAAGCUUUGGAGUUUAGUUUUAUUACCCAUUUGGUGUUCGACUGUCUUUCUGAUAUCAUUUCUUCUUCAACUUCCUAACUCUGUGAUAUCAACUUGUUUGUUUAUGUAUUGAAACUCGGAGAUGCUGUUUCAGGAGACUGACGGCGGUGCAAAAAUGCUACAAAACAGACAGAUUCCACUACACAAGCAUUCCAAGAGCUUUCUAGACAUGGUCAAGGAUACUAACAAGGAAGAACACUUGGAUAACUCCUUUGAAGCUUCAAAUCGUGUGAAGCUGGACACGAGUUCGUUCAAGGAAUCCAUGAACACAGAGAAGAAAAGCUUCCCAAAAACAAACAUACACUCUUCUCUUAAGCAAGAGAUUCUUCAGCUUGAGAAGAGACUGCAAGACCAGUUCAAGGUCCGCACAUCACUAGAAAAAGCAUUAGGAUAUAAGCCAUCUUGUCAGGACGGCACGAGCAGCGACAUUGAACUAGCCAAGCCAGCCACUGAAUUGAUCAAAGAGAUCACUGUAUUGGAGCUAGAAGUUUCACAUUUAGAACAGUAUCUUCUGUCGUUGUAUCGAAAAGCAUUUGAUGGACAAAUAUCUUCUACAUCUCCUAUAAACUCCCCAAGAUCCAAGUAUAUGAUGAAUUGCAUACCUGACAUAACGUCGAAAAAGGAAGAUAAAGCUGUUCAGUCGGGCUACGAUUCUUUCGGAAAUCCCAUGAAGGGAUACAGCGGAAUUCGUGAAAACAAGCUGUUGGACUCCCGCGUUCGUCGUUGUCAGUCGUCGUUGUCAUAUUAUUCAGUUAGCUCAAAGAGAACUUAUCUCCCAGAUGAUUCUUUGUGUCAAGCUGUACGUCCUUGUCUAUCCCAACCAAUGUCCAUGAUAGAGUUUGCUCGGAAUGCUUCAUCCAAUUUAACCAGUCUAGCAGACUACCUUGGUACUCAAAUACUAGACCAUAUUCCCGAGAGCGCGAAUCGCCUUUCGGAAGAUAUGAUCAAGUGCAUAUCAGCCAUAUAUUGCAAACUUUCAGAUCCUCCUUUAUCACAUCAUGGUUUAUCCUCCCCCGUCUCGUCGUCUUCGCCAAUCAGUGCGUUCUCUCCACAAGAUCAAUUUGAUAUGUUGAGUCCUGGAUUCAGAAACAAUUCAUCUUUUGAUAUGAAGUUGGAUAAUCCUUUUCACGUCGAAGGUCUUAAAGAGUUUAGCGGCCCGUACAGCACAAUGGUUGAAGUGCCAUCGAUUUAUAGGGAUAAUCAGAAGUUGAUCGAAGUCGAGCACUUGUUACAAGAUUUCAGGUCGCUUAUAUCCAAGUUGGAGGAAGUUGAUCCGAUGAAGUUGAAUCAUGAGGAAAAGCUAGCAUUCUGGAUAAACGUACACAAUUCACUGAUGAUGCAUGCAUACUUGGCUUAUGGUAUACCACACAACAAUAUGAAGAAAGUUUUCGUUCUCUUGAAGGCUGCAUAUAACAUAGGAGGUCAAACCAUCAGCGUCGACACCAUACAAAGUUCAAUACUUGGAUGCCGAGUGCCUCGGCCAGGACAGUGGCUCUCUCUUCUUAUUCCCUUGAAGUCAAAAUUCAAAAACGGAGAUAAACGACAAGCCUACAAAAUCGACCGGUCGGAACCCCUUUUACAUUUUGCACUUUGCACAGGCUGCCAUUCAGAUCCUGCGGUUCGUGUAUACACUCCCAAAAGAGUCCUGCAGGAGCUGGAAACAGCGAAAGAAGAAUACAUUCGAGCCACAUUCGGCAUACGCAAGGACAAAAAAGUCAUUUUACCGAAGAUGAUCGAGUCAUUUGCGAAAGAAUCAAGAUUGUGCACGGCUGGUACGAUGGAAAUGAUUCAGAAGUCAUUGCCCGAAUCACUUAGGAAGAGUGUUGCGAAAUGUCAAAACGGGAAAUCUCGCAAGAACAUCGAAUGGAUACCGCACAACUUCAGUUUUCGAUAUCUGAUAUGUAGAGAAAUGAAGUGAUAUCUCUUAUGAACAUAGCUGCUGCUUACAUGUUGUUGAUGAUGAACUGAAAUCCUUCUGUACAUAGCAGUUCUCUAAUCUUGGCCGGGCAGAGAGCAGCAAACGGCAUUAUACCAUCUAGGAUUUUAAAUUUUUUGUUGUAAAUAAAAUUUGACUUUGAAGAUCAGUUCAUUAGUUUAGUAGUUGUUCUAUCCCAUUAGAUCUAUAAAAAUUCCAACAGUGACAAGGACUCCAAAGCUUACUUGUCCUAUAGUUGUCCUAUAGUUCAGUUACUUUUGUCCGUUUUUUGUUUUAUGGCUUGUUUUGUCUGGGUCAAUAAACA